UGCUUUAAAUGUAACUUCAUUUGUCCCAUGAUAUUCUUAACAACUGAAACAUUAAUACCUAUCACUGUGCAUCUGCAGCUUUCUUUUUAGAGCCCUCAGCUGUGGCUGUGCUUAAAUUAACUCAGUCUGGAACUGAUCACCAUCUCUUCCCAGUGCAUGUCACUAUGUUGCUCAUUUGUUAACUAUAAACCCAGGCUUGGGGUGAAGAACCAUAUCUUUGUCCAUCCUUUGAAGAUCUCAGCCUAUUCUGGGGAGAUCCGUGAUGACAGGAAAACGUUAAGCACUCAUGACCAUUUGUGCAUAAAUCUGCAUAUACCUCCUCCUGAACCAAACUCCCCCAGAGCACCCAGAGAAGCAAGGUGGGCCCGUGUGCCCAAAUGGCCACUGUUUCAAAUGUGGAGGAAAAGGAAGUUUUAUUACAAAUUCUUCACAGCACCUGUUGUAAAUGAAAGGUUUAUUUACUUGAUUGCUUUUUUGCUGUAACUUCAGGCCUGUGUGUGCUGUAACUUGUGAUGUAUCUCAGUUAGAAAUUAAACUGGAUUUUUGCUUUGUGCCCAUCCAUCUGUGAGAGAGUAACCCAGCAACUGACUGCCACGAGGGCCAGUGGCUGUGUGUUUUCUCUCCCGGUAGCUCCAAGAAUCAGCACACCAUGGUUUGCCAGUGCAUCUCUGCAGGCCUUGGAGUUUGAGUUAGCUUCUGAUGGAUGGGCUUACCUGCUGUGCCCUCGAGUGUGCAGUGGGUGACUCAACUGCCUGGCCCCUGGAUCACACUGAGGCCUUGGUGUUCAAAGGUGACUUUGUGCAUGUCACUGUUUCCCAUCUUGAAACACUGCAGGAGAAUGUCUCAGCAGUUGGGAAAAAAAGAGAUUUAAGCAGCCCCACUUCAGGGCAGAUGAGUGUGAGACAGUGCAGGAAGCGGGGGCUCGUUCUUUGGAGUGUCCACCAUCCUUCAUUUACUUUGCACAAGGCAAUCUCAAAGCACGUUAUUGAGAAAGUUUCAGUUGAGGAUGAUUAUGAAUGUGGCAAUUUUAGGGCUCUGAUCUCACGGAAGUGAUGAACCCUGAGAUAACUGGAGCUCAGGAACCGUGCUGAAGAGCUGCUGUGGUUGAUGGCUAAUGGAGAUCUGGAAAUGCAGCAGAAAAUAAGUGGGCAUAAACACAGAUAAGCUCCCUCUGCUGUCACUAUUGAAGUUUUGUACCUGUGCUCACCCUCACACCAUCACAGUGGCAGUAGGGUGAUUGCCAGCACAACACAAAAAAAAAAUGCCAAUUUUUUUUCUGUUGCUGUUGCUACACUAGAAAAGUAAGAGCAAUAGCUUGUACAGGCAUGAAAGAUUUGGUCAAAGAUUAGUUUAUCACAGCUGGUCAAGAGGCACCCAUGAAACACAGGGAGGAUGUGGCUGCUGGAAUCCCUCAUCCAUGCCAUCUGUGAGUGGGUGGCACUGGGCAAACAUCCGAAUAACACGUCUCUGUGCAUGGGAGCAGAGGCAGGUAAAAUAAGCUGCUGCAGACACUUUACAAAUGAAUGCCACCUCCCCCUUCUGCAAAAUCACCUGCUGCGCUUUGCUAUGCUGGUUUCCUAUGCUUCACAUGAGCAGGAAGAGCCAACUCUGCCAGGAGAGUUGUAUUUUUAAUGUUGCUGAAAUGCCCUGGGAGCGCGUCUCAACGCAGCCUCCAGUGCAGAGGCUGUAGCUGCUUUCCACGCCCCAGCCCCAAGGAGCCCAAACUGGUGCUGCUGGCAUAUUUUGAGUCCCAUGACAGAGCACUGGAUCUGGCAAACUGAGCGGUUGCUGGUUCCCUCAAUUAGGAAGGCUUCCUCACUUUUGUUUAAUCCCUUGCUUAUUAAUGGCGCUCAACUCUUUGAUCAAAGACCAGCACUGAUUUCAAUUAGGGUUGAGCAAGAACCCAGUGACAGGAAAGGCUGUAUCAGGAGGAGCAGCUGCUGUGCCCUGAAGGAUUUUUUCACCCUCAUGACCAAAAUCUAUAGUCAUAGGUGAAGCGUAGUUAUUCCCAACCAAGGUGGAGAAAGCUCAUGUAAUCCUUUGCUGGCAAAAUAGCUCUGCUGAAAUAAAAGCAGGCGGCACUGACUGCCUGGGGAGCUCCAGUUUUUCCCAUCUUGAGCACAGGGGAGGGACCAGACCCUUCCUACAAAAGGGUGAAGCCAGGAAGAGAUAAGCCUUGGCUUCACUUUUGAACAACACUGUUGAGUGGGGUAUCGCUGGGGUGAGUAGCUAUACCUGUAUCUGCCUGGGGUUUUUAAUAGCUGUGUCUUCAUUAACUCUAACCAUGUCUGUUGUCAUCUCCAAGAGGGAGGAUGACUGUCUAGGUACAUAAAAACUGUAAGAGAUCGGGACAAUCGAAUAACAGGCAAAGUCAAGUUUCUAGACUACUGAAAGAUGGGAUGGACCCUCAAGGGGAAUAAGAAGCACAAGUAUAUUUUGGGGAGCUGUGGGGGAAAAAGGGGGAGCAAUGGAUUUACUAAAUAUUUGCAAAGCCACGGGAACAAAUUCUGAGCUAUUAUCUGAGCACAUGCCUGUGGGUGACAGAAGACAAAUACAGUUACUUAAAUACCACACUAUGUGUUGUGCUAAUAUCCUGAUGUGCUCUCCCAACUACUCUAUGUUGAUAAAAACUAGGGACUAUAAAAAGAAGCCAUAAGAGUUGCAUCAGAGGAGAUCAGAGCAGUGGGAGAGAGGAAGCUACCCCAGAAGGAGACAAUGCUGUCAGCCAGUGGUACAGGGAUGCACGGCUGCCUUUGGCCAACUUCACUAGAAACUUCUGCUUUGUAAACCAGCAACGCUAGAAACAAACAAAGUGCAUGGCAGGACCAGGCUCUUUAUGUUGUGGAAACAAUUAAUAGAAUAGCUGGCUGCCUAGCAAAUAUAUGCACCUGCUACUGCAGAGUUGCACCACUCAUCAACAACAUCCACAAAGUCUUUGAGAUGUGUCUCCUCCUAAAGUGACCAACUUCUGGAAAGGCAAACAAGACAUUGCCAUUCUGCAGCAUCCAUGGCAUUUGCCAUGGAUGGUAAAAGUCCUUCCGCAUGUGUGCUACAGGCAGCAGUUUGAAGCUCUUUGCUGUUGUGAGAUCAGCCUUUGCAUGUUCAAGGUGAGGAGCCCUGCAAGGAGAGCAGGUGACUUCACACACAAGAAGGUUGUGGCAUAGAUGGGAGUAGGAGCCAAGUCUUAAUGAUGCUAAUAAGCCCUAAUCACAAGAAUAUUUUUUUCUUUAUCACUCAGAGUACUACAAAACCCUCCCCUGCAUCUUUCGUUAACCUUCCCUUUUAUCACCCUAAAUUUGGGAAGACUGGGCUAGCCCUUGGGGCAACUGAAUGGUGCAAUGCCUCAGUUUUCCUCUCUUACUCUCCUGACAUGAGAAAAACACUGAGCAAGGAUUUUUUCCUAUCACAUGUCCUGCUGCUGGCACUGCAAACCAGACCAUUCAGAAGGGCUUUGGUCCCUGCCUCAUCAUUCAUGUGACUGCUGACUGAAUACAAAAUGUAAAAGGUUACCUGCUCCAUGCAGAUAACAUCAACUGUUGCACAUUUUUAACCGUCGCUGAAAACAGCAGCCAGUUUCAUUGGACCAGUGCUGGAAAAGAGUCACCAACUCAGGUCUUGCAAUAUUGUCCUCAGCAGACCAUGUCCUCCUCCAUCAAAAUCGAGUCUGUCGUGAAGGAGAAGAACCGGAUGGGAGAGUGCCCGGUCUGGGAAGAAAGGGAGAACGCACUUGUCUAUGUAGACAUUAACUCACAGAAAGUUUGCCGCUGGAGCCCAAUCACCAAUGAGGUGCAGAGCGUGUCUGUGGAUGCCCGUGUUGGCUCGGUGGCACUGCGGCAGUGUGGGGGCUACGUUAUUGCCCUGGGAACCAGGUUUGCCUUUCUGGACUGGGACACCCAGGCAGUCACCACCAUCCUUGAGCUCGAGCAGGAUAAACCCAACAACAGGUUCAAUGAUGGGAAAGUGGAUCCAAAGGGGAGGUUUUUUGCUGGUACGAUGGCUGAAGAGACAGCACCAGGUGUCCGAGCGAGGCGGCAGGGAGCUCUCUAUACCCUUUUCCCUGACCAUUCCGUAAUAAAACAGUUAGACCAGCUGGACAUCUCCAAUGGUCUGGAUUGGUCCCUGGACCACAGGACCUUCUUUCACAUUGACAGCCUGACAUACGCUGUCCAUGCCUUCAGCUAUGAUGUGCACACUGGAAAGAUUGCCUGCCCCAAACUUUUGUACCAUCUAGAAAAGGAGGAGCAAAUGCCUGAUGGGAUGUGCAUAGAUGCAGAAGGGAAGCUCUGGGUGGCCUGUAUUGAUGGCGGCAGAGUCAUUCGUAUAGACCCAGAGACCGGAAAAAGAAUUCAAACUGUGAGGCUGCCUACUCCAAGGAUCACCUCUUGCUGCUUUGGUGGAAAAGACUACUCAGAAAUGUACGUGACUUCUGCAUACGAUGGACUGGACGAGGCCACCUUAGCUAAGGAACCUCACGCAGGAGAGAUUUUCAAGAUAACAGGCCUGGGUGUGAAAGGGAUCCCACAGAACUUCUAUGCUGCUUGACCACCGACACUAAAUAGCAACAACAAAAUGCUUGCAUCUUGUAGUAACUCUGACCAGGAGAAGUCAAAUGAACUACAGAAUUUAUCUGUGUGAGGAUUUGUAAGCCCACAUUUGGGAGUGUGCUUGUUUGGAAUUGAAGAUAUUUCUUCUUCUGUGGGCCCAUGGCUUGAUGCAAUAGGUUAGAGAGGUAAUCUGUGUUACAGCUUGAUAGCUUUUGUGACUUACCAUAAACCUCUUAAUGCAGAAGCGCAGUUUUGUUGAACUUUCUGACGACUAGCUCUGGAUUUUCAAGUCUAUGCAGUUCCGAAGCGGAAUAUGACUCCUCAUUUUACAGUGAUGUACCAGCAAUGAUAUGGCAGAUUUUAAUAAACAUUUUAAGAGUGG